AUGGCGGCAGCCGCCCCACUCUCCAAGGCCGAGUACCUGAAGCGCUACUUGUCCCGGGCCGACGCCGGCGGCCACGCGGGUUCCGAGUCCGCUCUCAAGCGUCGCAAAAAGCGGCCUAAGCCUGGCGGAGCCGGCGGCAAGGGAAUGCGGAUUGUGGAUGAUGAUGUGAGCUGGACAUCUAUCUCCACCACUAACCCAGAAAAGGAGGAAGAGGAAGAUGAUGGCGAUUUGCCUGUGGUGGCUGAGUUUGUGGAUGAGCGGCCAGAAGAGGUAAAGCAGAUGGAAACCUUCCGUUCCAGUGCCAAAUGGAAGCUUCUGGGAGGCCACAAUGAAGAUCUACCUUCACACAAGCAUGUCCGCCAUGACUCCCCGGAUCCUUCUCCACCUAGGAGGGUCCGCCAUGACUCCCCGGAUCCUUCUCCACCUAGGAGGGUCCGCCAUGACUCCCCGGAUCCUUCUCCGCCUAGGAGGCAUUAUCGUCCUUCAGGUGUAUCUCCUAGAAGGGCCCGUCAUGACACACCAGAUCCAUCUCCUCCGCGGAGGGCCCAUCACAGUUCCUCAGAUAUUUCUCCUCAGAGAAAGGCCCGUAACAGCUCCCCUGACACAUCUCAACCUAGAAGGACUCUUCACUCCUUGGACACAUCAAAGCUCAGGAGGGCCCGUCAUGACUCCCCUGAUUCGCCUCCUGAUGUUCCUCCUUCACUGCACAGAACCAAAAGCAGUAAAGCCCCAGAACGAGCCUCUAGCAAAACUUCUCCUCAUCGGAAGGGGCCAGGACCCUUUCAUCCCUCAGCCCCGAAGAACAGCAAGUACGAAUGUGACUCGGACCUCUCUCCACCACGGAAAAGGCAAGCAAAAUUUCAUUAUGGAAAUAAACAGCAUGAGUCUAAAGGCUCUUCACCCAGCCAUAGGAAACUUCAUACGAGUUCGUCACCUAGAAAACAUCAGAGUCAUACGUUGGGCUCUUCUUCCUACCCAGGAGACAGUCGGAAAGCCUCUGAUUCAGACCUUUCUCCUCCGAGGAAAAAACCAAGUUCAAAGCCCCAGGGUUCCGAUUCCGAUCUGUCACCUCCACGGAAUAGACCUAGGCAUCACAGCUCUGAUUCUGACCUCUCUCCACCAAGGAGGAAACGGAGGGCCAAAUCCUCUGAUUCUGACCUGUCUCCACCUCGAAGGGCUCAGCCUCUGGGAAAGAAGGCUGCACACAUGUAUUCUGGGGCUAAGACUGGGUUGGUGUUAACUGACAUACAGCGAGAGCAGCAGGAGCUCCAGGAACGGGACCAAGGAGCCAUGGCAUUGGAAGCCGAAUUCCAGUAUGCUGAAACCGUAUUUCGAGAUAAGUCUGGUCGUAAGAGGAAUUUGAAACUGGAACGUUUAGAGCAAAGACGAAAAGCAGAGAAGAACUCAGAGAGAGAUGAGCUGUAUGCCAAGUGGGGAAAAGGGCUUGUCCAGAGCCAGCAGCAGCAACAAAAUGUGGAGGAUGCAAUAAAGGAAAUGCAGAAGCCUCUGGCCCGCUAUAUUGAUGAUGAAGAUCUGGAUCGUAUGCUGAGAGAACAAGAAAGGGAGGGGGACCCUAUGGCCAACUUUAUCAAGAAGAAUAAGGCCAAGGAGAACAAGAAUAAGAAAGUGAGACCUCGCUACAGUGGCCCAGCACCUCCUCCCAACAGAUUCAAUAUCUGGCCCGGGUAUCGUUGGGAUGGAGUGGACAGAUCCAAUGGAUUUGAACAGAAGCGCUUUGCCCGACUUGCCAGCAAGAAGGCGGUGGAGGAGCUUGCCUACAAGUGGAGUGUUGAAGAUAUGUAA